AGGACAUAGGCCAGUAGCACCAACGCCCAUGCAUGCUGGAGCAUACACUGGUGAGGGUGAGGAAGGGCUGGGUCCAUGGAUGCAGGGGACAAAUGACUGGUUCUGCCUCACAGGUCUGUUCUCAGAGUUGAAGCUGGCUGUGCCUUGGGGCCACAUUGCUGUCAAAGUCUGGGGCUCCCAGAAGAACCCUCCAGUUCUCUGCCUGCAUGGCUGGCUGGACAAUGCCAACUCCUUUGACAGGCUCAUUCCUCUUCUUCCACAAGAUUUUCAUUAUGUGGCCAUGGAUUUCGGGGGACAUGGACUCUCCUCCCAUUACAAGCCAGGUCUCCUGUAUAACCACCAAAAUUUUGUGAGUGAGGUCCGAAGGGUGGCAGCAGCAUUUAAAUGGACUCAGUUCUCCCUCCUGGGCCACAGUUUUGGUGGCACUGUGGGCGGCAUGUUCUCCUGCAUCUUCCCCGAGAUGGUGGACAAACUUAUCUUGCUGGAUUCAACACCAUUUCUCCUGGACUGUAAUGUAGGAAACGACUUCAAAGAGGCUGUCAUGGGGACCCCAGACUUUGGGGGUUACCUUCAGCUCUGUCUCCUGUGGACGUUAAGGAGGCAGGAGAGUGUGGCAGAGGGGGAUAAUUAACCAGGGGUCUCCCCCAGAGAGGGCAGCAUCCUGAAGCUUGUGGCCCUAAGAUUGCCAGGGACAGGGAAGGCCCACUCUGUGGUCUGGAUUCUGCAGAAUGCUGGUGGAUCCAGCAUAGACUGUGAAAGAGCAGAGGUGAAUGAAGGGGGCAGACGUAGGUGGAGGGAGUUCGGGGCCACAGGAAGCUCCCUGCCCUGACACCUAAGCAAUUCCUUUGAGCUGUGCACACAGAACACAAUCCUAUAUAUUGACUGUGCGUGUGACUGAUAGAAAAAUACCACCGCCAGCAUUGACAACAUCCAGUACUGUCCCUGUAUCUGAGACUAGGCUCUGUCCUUUCCCUACUGUGUUACCUUAAGGAAGUUAGUUUGCUCCAGAGGACUCCAUGGUGUGAAUUUCCAUCUAAUUUUCUAGUCUUCAGCUCCCUCAGAACCCUGGGAAGGGAGUAAUAUCAUCUGAGAAAGCCGGAAGUGCAGGAAAGCAGGAUGGAGUCGUUGCUGUGGGCCCCAUCCUCUCUUUGGAGACUCAGAGAUCUCUGUUAGGCACAGUCAUACUUCACUGCAGAAAACUAAACAUUUUAAAUCUCAUAUACAGCAGAUCUCAAAGAGCUUAAAGGUGUAAUAUUUUUUAUGUGCAUCCAGAGUACAAAAACUUCAUUCCUAGUUACCUGAUAGAGACUCAAACCUGAAAUCAUGUACAGGAAGCUAGAUGGAGCCUUUGUCUACAAUUAGUAGGUAUUAUAUAGGACCAUUAAUAUCAUGACAAAAAGUUUAAAACAUGCCUAUAUAAAGUAUGUAUAUAAAUCUUAUAAACUAUGAGAUAAUAAUACAUUAAGAAAAGUGUUUCAUACCUGGAUGAAAUGACAGACUCUGGAGAUCCACCAUGGAGGGCCACACCCUCACUGGCAAUCGGGG